CCCCUCCACUUUGAAGACACAACUCUCAUAGUCCCAUUCUCUUCUCUCCUCUAGCUAGCUCGAAGCUCGACCCUUGCAAGUGCUCAUCCGGCCAGCUCUCUCUUCCCCUCACGCACACAACGCAUUGUACUCAAUAUGGUGGUGCCUUCUUCCACGACGCCGGCGCGGCAAGAGAUCGCCACGGCGGCGGCCGCCCUGCAGCUGCCGGCGAUACCGACGGUGGACAUGUCGGCGCCCCGCGGCUUGCUGUCGCGGCAGGUGGCCCGCGCGUGCGCGGAGCAGGGCUUCUUCCGGGCCGUCAACCACGGCGUGCUCGUGCCCGGCCCGGCGCCGGCGGCCCGGCAGCUGGACGCCGCCACCGCGGCCUUCUUCGCGCUGCCGGCCCACGAGAAGCAGCGCGCGCGCGGCGUCCAGGGCCAGGGCCCGCCCAGCAGCCCGCUGGGCUACGGGUGCCGCACCAUCGGCUUCAGCGGCGACGUCGGCGAGCUGGAGUACCUCCUCCUCCACGCCAACGACCCCGCGUACAAGGCCGCCUCCAUCCACGCCCACGACCCCAAGCACUUCAGUUGUGUGGUGAAUGAGUAUGUGGAGGCAGUGAAGCAGCUUGCAUGUGACAUCCUGGACCUGUUAGGAGAGGGGCUAGGCCUUGAGGACCCCAGAUCCUUCAGCAAGCUCAUCACAGAACCUGACAGUGACUCCCUCCUGAGGAUCAACCACUACCCUCCAUCAUGCACCGUUCACAAGCUUGACCAUGAUGGCCAAUGCAAGCUCAAGGGGACUGCCUGCAGGGCCAAGGCUGGAAAUGGUGGGAACCCAACGGGAGGUGGGCGGAUCGGGUUCGGUGAGCACUCCGACCCGCAGAUCCUUAGCUUGCUCCGGGCAAACGACGUCGACGGCCUGCAGGUGCUUCUGCCGGAUGUCAACGGCAAGGAGGUGUGGAUUCAGGUGCCGGCAGACUCAUCAGCAUUUUUCGUCAAUGUUGGUGAUCUCCUCCAGGCUCUGACAAAUGGGAAGCUCCUAAGCGUCCGGCACAGGGUAAUCGCAAGCGCCUGCAGGCCAAGGCUGUCCACAAUCUACUUUGCAGCGCCACCACUGCAUGCACGAAUCUCAGCGCUCCCAGAGACGGUCACAGCUGGCUCACCACGUCGGUAUCGAUCGUUCACCUGGGCAGAGUACAAGACAACAAUGUACUCGCUCCGCCUAAGCCACAGCCGCCUUGACCUCUUCUGCGUCCAUGACGAUGAUGAUAACAGCAGCGAUGUCAGCAAAGAAAAAUAAUAGCAAUGGACAUUGAAUUGCAGGCAGUUUGUACUGUGGGGAUUAGGUAGGUGGAAGUGUCCCCAAAAUUUUGGCUCUCUGACUGCUAUAGCCAGACAUCCCAGUAUUAUGGUGUAGGGUGUGUGUGUGUUUCCGUGACCUGUGUAAUAGUGGCUAGCUUUGUACAUAAGUUAUGGUUGUAUGGUAGUAAUGUACUAUUGCCUUUUCAGCAAACUGAUUGUUCCUCGUAA